GUUAUUGUCUUCGCGUAUUUGUUUUCGGGUACUUGGAAAGCGGGAUUUAGCUUUUGGUUAGUUUUAGUCCUGACAAUAAAUGUUUUCGUUGACUAGUGUUCUUAAGUGAUACUUGUAACUUGUAAUUUACAUUUUUUAAUUGAUUCUUAGUUUUUGAAUCAUGGCAAAUAACGCUACGAUAAAAUUCGCAUCGAUGGAGCAACAGGAAAAUCUGUUGAAUACACGUAAAACUUUCAAAGUUCUUCAGCAAGCAGCAACUGACAAAGAAAAUUUGGCUGGAAGGCCUACAAGCAAAAUUUGUGCUACUAAAGAAUCAUCAAACAAAGUGCAUAUUGACUUUAUUGAUAAAAAUGAUUUGAAACGAAAGAAGAUUGCAACCACAAGUAAAGGAGUUCAGGCAGAUGCUGCCUCUUCUAUCACAGCCGAUGAUUUGACAUCUGAUGCGCCUUCUAGUGAACAUUAUUGGCAGGUAAUAGCUGAAAGAAGGCGGGAGGCUCUGGACAAAACUUUGGAAGAAAAUGAAUUAUUACAUGGACAAAUUGCUGAUUUAGUUGAAGAAAACAAAAGUAUAAAAGACAUGCUAGAUGAAUCCAGGUCGCUAAUUGAAGUGCUAACUGAAAUGUUAAAUGAAAGUUCAAAUCCUGUUAAUGCAAGUGUUGCUGAGGAAGCAAUUGAAGAUGCUGUCCAAGAGUCAUAAAUUUAUUUUAAAUUAGUAUUUAUUUGAUUUUAUAUAAAAGUAAUAUAAUUUUCAUAAAACUUUGAGAAAUAUAUUUUACGGUCUCCUUUAGUGAAAUGUGGAAAUGAGGCUCUUAAACUAUAUGUACUAAUGUUGGAAUUAUUUGUUCAAUGAAUGGCAAUAUUUUUGCAUUAGAACUGAAGUUA